UUAAAUCCAAGCAAAGUACUCAGCAGGCUCCCCUGAGAUAUCCCCUCCCCCUUCCCUGUUUCUCUCCUCCUACUACUAUUAGGUAGAUCGCUUGAUUCCUGAAUCAAUGAAGGGCAAGUUGGGGUUGGGUUUGGUAGGGUUUUAUAUCACUCCUAGUACCUUCUCGCCCACCGCUCUCUCUCUCUCCUCCCCUUCGUCUUCGUCUUCGUCGUCGUCGUCGUCGUCGUCGUCGUGUUGAUCGAUGGGUGGGAAGAAGCGAAACACUCAACAACGCGUCCCGCGGGGAAAUCCCGAUCCCGAUGCGGUGGCGGCGGAGGUGAAGGGGGAGUGCCAGCGGGCGAUGGCGUCGCUGCGGCGCGGGAGCUACGCGAGGGCGGUGCACGUGAUGAACGAGGCGUGCGCCAAGUACGGGGAGGCGUCGGCGCUCCUCCACCGCGUGCGCGGCAACGUCCACGUGAAGGCGGCGGCGUUCGUCGACGACCCCGCCGUGAAGCCGGCGCUGGCGAUCGCCGAGCCGGUCGACCCCUCGCGCGACUCGCUCCAGGACGAGGGCCAGCUGAAGGUGUCGACCCCGGAGGCCCGGAUCGCCCACGUGCAGCAGGAGCUCCGCGCCCUCAUCCAGAAGUCCAACAUCGCCUCCAUCUCCACCUGGAUGAAGAGCCUCGGCAACGGCGACGAGAACUUCCGCCUCGUCCCGAUGCGCCGCCUCCCCGAGGAGCCCAUCGAGGUCCGCGUCGUCCCCGCCGCCUCCGGCUCCCCCCGCCGCGCCAACGAGAUCAAGAAGGCCGCCAAGACCCCCGAGGAGCGCCGCAAGGAGAUCGAGACCCAUCUCGCCGUCCAGCGAUGCGCCCGCCUCAUCCAGCAGCAGUCCUCCUCCUCCUCCUCCGCCGCCGACCCCGCGUCGCCGCAGCACGAGGAUGACGCCGCUCGCCGCGGCAGCCGCGACGCCCCGGCUUCGUCGUCGGGAUCCAGUCGGCCCGAGCGCCGGAAGCAGGGUUCGAGAAAGCACGCGCCCUCGGGGCCGUCGUGGGACCGGAUCAAUCAGGUCCGCGCCUACUGGGACUCCAUGAGCGACGAGAGGCGGCUCGCCUUCCUCACGGUGAGCGUCUCGGAUCUCAAGGCGCACUACGCCUCCGGAAAAUCCAAGGACAGCACCGCGUCGGGCUCCCUUUCUGACGCUCUGUCCUUCGCCGAGGCUAACAGGACGUGGCAGUUCUGGGUCUGCUUCUGCUGCGGCGAAAAGUUCGCCGGCAGUGAGUCUCACCUGCGUCACGUUCUGCACGAGCACGUGGGCAUCCUCCCGCCGAAGCUGCAGUCCGUGCUGCCCCAAGAAAUCGACGGUAGCUGGGCGGAGAUGCUCCUCAACGGGAGUUGGAAGCCUAUCGAUGCCGCUGCUGCCAUCAAGAUUCUCGAAGAGGAGCAGAUAAAGCUUGCCGUAAAGGAUAAGGACUCCAGAUCGGAUUACUGGAGUGCUCGAGAGAACUCCGACUCUUCUGCUUCUCCCCACGAGGAAGAGCCAAAGGAGAGCGAGUUUGCUGCGGAUAGCAGGGAGAAUGGCACAAUUGAUUGCAACGAUGUCCCUCGUAGUUGGCCGCUGUCUGAUGAUGGUGAGCAAGCUAAGCUGUUGGAGAAGAUUCACGAGAUGUUUAAGUUGCUUGUGAAGCAUAAGAGUCUCUCGGUCAGCCACCUGAACAAGGUGAUACAGUUCGCAAUAGAAGAGAUUCAUUCGUUACAAUCUGGCUCGCUGCUCCUGAACCAUGCGCUCGACCAGUCCCCUCUCUGCAUUUGCUUCUUGGGCGCUUCGCGCUUGCAUAAGAUUUUCAAAUUCCUGCAGGAGCUCUGGCAGUCUUGUGGGUCAGGGAGGUAUCCAGAGAACAACGGUGCUUCUGGUGAUGGAAGUAGCGACAAACAGAAAUUAGAAGAGAUUGAUCUGACUCUUGAUUCAUCUACUCUUCUUCUGGACAGUCGUUUGUUCAGCAGAAAGAUUGCUUCUGGAGAUGCUGAUAGUCUUGGUGCAGACAGAAGCCUUGAUACCGAACCAGAUUGGGGUCAGCUGUUCUCAUGGUUUUUCCCCGGCCCGCCAAGCGGAGAGCAGCUUUCAGCUUGGACGCGCAUGCGAGAAGAGAAAUCGAAUCAGGGCAGCGAGAUCUUUGAGGCGCUGCAGAAAGAGUUUAACCUCUUGCUGAACGCAUGCAAGAGGAAAUGCGAGCACUUGGACUAUGAGGAAGGUCUGCAGACUGCCGAGAAACUUUGCUUUGAAGAACUCAAGCGGAGAGAGCAACCUGGCAGUAGGUUUUCAGCUCAUAGCUAUGAAGAGGUUCUCAGGAGGCGCCAGGAAGAGCUUACUCAGCUGGAGUAUGAUGGGGUGUUUGCCAGGGUGGAAGUGGAAGCCAUUGCUAGCAUUCUCAAGGAGGCGCAGGCUCUGAGUGCAUCUCAGCUUCAGUACAAUGAGACUCUAUCUGGUGUGACUUCUCGCUUCUGUGACUUGGAAUCUGGUGAAGAUGACGAAUGGAGGAUGAAUGAUUCCAUACAUCAGGCUGACAGUUGUAUAGGAAUUGCUAUUCACAGAAUAAAGGAACAAUUGUCUGUGGAGCUCAACAAGACAGAUGCUAGGAUCAUGCGGACUGUCACAGCAAUGCAACAGUUGGAACUUAAUCUUGGGACUGCUUCUACGUUUGAUUACCGGGAAGUCAUUCUGCCUCUUGUGAAGUCUUUUCUGCGAAUGCACUUGGAGGAUCUGGUGGAUAAAGAUGCUGCUGAGAAAUCUAAAGCUGCAAGAGAAGCCCUCCUUGCAGAACUUGAUUUGGAUGCUAAGAAGACUGUCAAUAAAAGGGGCGAUUCGAAGCAAUCAUAUGAGAAGUCAAAAGACAAGAAGAAGACAAGAGAAAAUAGAAAAGCUAAGGAUGUGAAGGUUUUGGCCCGUAAAGAGCAGCUCUUUCAUCAGGAUACUGCAGAACAAUCUGAUAUUCCUGCUGAUGGUGAUAACUUGAAGCCUGAGUUGACUACAACUGAUGAUUACUUGAAGCAGCAAGAAGAAGAAAUUAAACAAAGAUUAGAGCUUGAAGCAGAUGAAAGGAAGCUAGAGGAGACUUUGGAGUACCAGAGGCGGAUAGAAGAGGAGGCAAAGCAAAAACUCCUUGCAGAGCAAAGUAAGAAUGCCUCUGUAACUUCAUCAAUUAACCUACUUGGUCAACCAUGGGUGUUUGGUAAAGAUAUAAAUCUGGAUCGGCAAUCCCUCAUCCAUAAUACUAGCCCAGCUGUCUUUUUUGGUGAUUUUGGCCCUUCUGAAGCUGGUAUGCUUGGAUACAAGUCUAUAGACAGGUCUAAUAGGCCAGACCAGAUGCCAAAUUCUCAAGAUAACAGCACUAAGAAGCAUGAUGGAGUUGACACUAAUGAGAUCCAACCAUUCAGCUUGACUAACACAUUGCCAACUAAAAGGUCUUCAAAAAUGAAUGGAACUGAUCGCAUCACAUCUUCUAGCAGUUCUAGCAUCCAAAAGAUUAAGAAGACAGAUAGCCAAUCGUAUGUCAACCAUAAUCAAGGUGCACCAGGAAGGGUCCGUGAGGGUUUUGUCUCUAAUGAUCAGAAAGUGCUUGAUGGAAAUCCCCAAGCUUCCGGACAUGCAAAAGAAAAUUGGCCUGCUGUUCAGAAUGAAGUACAAUAUGCAGAUCAGACUAGUACAACUGUUCCAGUUGAUGCACAUUUUGACAAUGGUGAUCAUGAAGAAAAGUCAUUGCCACAAAUUCAUGUUGACGAGGAGGAUGAUAAAAGGUUCCAAGCAGACCUUAAAAGAGCCGUACAACAAAGCCUUGAAACAAAUGAUUACACUGGAUCCAAUAAUGAACCUACAAGCAUUUCAAAUGAGAAAGGUGUAUUUGGGACCGGCCUUCGAAAUGCCGCCGGCGAAUACAAUUGUUUUUUGAAUGUGGUUAUACAGUCACUGUGGCAUUUAAGGCGCUUCCGAGAUGAGUUUCUUAAGACAUCGUCACUUCAUAUGCAUGUUGGAGAUCCUUGUGUUGUUUGUGCUUUAUAUGACAUCUUCACUGCGUUGAGCAAAGCACCUGAGGAGGGGCAGAAAGAAGCUGUUUCACCGACUUCACUAAGGACUGCUUUGAGCAACUUGUAUCCGGAUAGCAAAUUCUUUCAGGAGGGUCAAAUGAAUGACGCAUCUGAAGUUUUGGCAGUUGUCUUUGAAUGUUUGCACAAAUCAUAUACUUCUAGCGAUUGCAAUGCUGAGUCUCAUGAUAGUAAAACUUCGGGUGUGUGGGAUUGUGCAAAUAAUACUUGUAUUGCACACUCUCUGUUUGGAAUGGACAUAUCCGAGCAGAUGAGCUGUCGCAGUUGCAGUUUGGAGUCCAGGCAACUCACAUAUACUUCAUUCUUCCACAAUGUCAAUGCAAAAUUACUUCGAGAGACAAAGAUUGAAUGUGCAGACGGUGCUUUUGAUAAGCUUUUGAAAAUUGUGGAGAUGAAACACCAAUUAGCUUGUGAUAAGGAGGAUGGUGGUUGUGGGGAACAAAAUUAUAUUCGUCACAUUAUUUCAAAUCCGCCGCAUGUUUUUAUAACUGUUUUGGGCUGGCAGAAUAGCAGGGAAAGUGCGAAUGACAUAUCUGCAACAUUGGCGGGCAUCACAACAGAAAUAGACAUCGGUGUUCUCUAUGAGGGUUUAGAACAAGGAAGCAAACAUUUCCUGGUUUCAGUGGUUUGUUACUAUGGGCAACAUUAUCACUGCUUUGCCUAUGAGCAUGAAAGGUGGGUCAUGUAUGAUGAUCAGACUGUCAAGAUGAUUGGUGGUUGGGACGAUGUACUUACUAUGUGUGAAAGGGGACAGUUACAACCUCAUGUUCUUUUCUUCGAGGCUGUCAAUUAGUUGUUUCUUGCAAUUAUAUGUGCUCUAAAGUGGUCGUCGCCACAAGUCCGUUCCCCUGCAUCAGAUCACAUUCUAAAUUGUUGCUGCAAUUGCUAUAUCGCAGCAAAUCCUUCUCUUCUGCUUAGGUGAUCGAGUGGUGAUGGUUUUUUCUGCUGACCUCCUUCGAUACCAUAGACAUAAGAAAAUUUUCAAAACAGCCACCAAAGUUUCAGGCUAUGAUUAGGAAAGACAAGGGAUUUCCUCCUGACCCUUUUAUUUUGAGUCCUAUCUCCUGAGGUGGUUGCCCGACAACACUCUAGAGGUAACUUAUGUCACCAUGCUGAGGAUGUUAGACAUUGCGGGAAAAAAUCGCUGAAUCAAAAUCACAUUCUUUUUACUGCCAAAUUUUGGCAAUAACUCUUUACUUGAAGUAUUUGCGUGCAUAGAUUUUUACACCUCCGACUUGAAGGUCAUUUUAGCAGAUUGUGAUAAUUGUAUGCAUCAGCAAGAUGCAUGUGGAAAAUGCAGUGCUCCCUGCUUUAUCUCUUGGUAGCUUGACAUUCGUCUUGGUGAUAUUGGAGACAUAAAGGAGCAUAAAAUUUUGGAUUUUUCAUAGACUUGUAAUCAAUAUUGUAGAGAGAGGAAAAAUGAUGAUAGUGAUUGGAGAAGACAGACCUAACAACUGAUUGCGCUUUUCUCAUAUGUGAUUAGACUUCGUUGGCUAUUGCUGAUACUUAUAUUGCUCUGCAUUUUCCUUUUUCUGUACCGCCUAUGUGUCUUGGAUUUCUUCUGUAAAUUUGGUUCGGCCAGAGGAGUUUUCAAGAUUUCCUAUGAUUUAAUUAUGUAAGACUUUGAAUUUUCUCGAAAAUGGGGACAAAUAGCGUGAAGAAACAUUCUUCGUGUGCAACAAUCUUUCAUAUCAUUAGUUGCAAUGCAUGCACAAUGUAUAGUUACUCUUCGGUGUUGUCUGGAGUUUUGCUGUUGUGUUGUAGAGGCAGCGAAAGAGAGGAGGAUAUGAUUCCAUAAUGGAAGUUAUUGUAUCAAUGCUUUGGUUCUUCAUGUGUCAUAAAAUAGAAGUUGGUUAAAGCGAGUGCUAAUUAUGUUCACUGUUUCGGAGUUGCUUUUACAUGUUUAAUUUGGUGCUUGGCCCAUGGUCACUGAUUUGAGUCUCAGCUGUUGUCCAGGAUUGUGACUUGGUUUUGGUAUUGUACUAGAUGUUGGUACUUGUAAUAUAUUGUUAUGUGCUAAGAACAACAUUGCACAGAUAAAACUGUUGGUUACUCUACUCUA